UGCUUCUUCUUCUCGAACUAGCAUUAAUGAGAAAGUAUGUCUCUCUAUUGCGUCACCUUUUUCUUGCUUCAAAUCCAAAGUUAAUCGAAUUAUUCUGCGUCAUGACAUCGCUCACAAAAUCAAAGACCUUAAUAAAAAGCUAGAUAGGAUCGCUAGAGAGAAAGAUAGGUUUCAACUUAGCACAACAACCUUAGAACAACCUAUGGAGCGACCUAGGACAACCUCGUUUGUUAUUGAAACUGACAUAUUUGGGCGAGGUAAUGAUAAGGACAAGUUGGUUAGUAGGCUGUUAGCUGGGGAUAGUUGUACUCAUCUGGAUCAAAAAUUCAAUAUUAUUCCUAUUAUAGGGAUGGGGGGAAUGGGGAAGACUACUCUAGCCCAGUUGGUGUAUAAUGAUGAGAAGGUCAAGGAUCACUUCGAUCUUAGAAUUUGGGUAUGUGUUUCGGAACCAUUUGAAGAGAUUAAGAUUGCAAAAGCCAUUGUUGAAUCCAUUGAAGAUAGUGCCCCAAAUAUCAAUGAAUUAGAAAACUUGCUCCAAUAUAUGUGCAAGUGUAUUGAAGGAAAGAGGUAUCUUCUUAUCUUGGAUGAUGUGUGGACUGAGGAUAGGCAGAAGUGGGAGCUAUUAAGGAUUCCUUUGAAGUGUGGUGGUGUGGGAAGUCGAAUACUUGUUACUACAAGGAAAAAGGAAGUUGCUGUUGUAAUGGAAGUCGCGGCAGAGAGCGUGAUUACAUUGGAGGAGCUGUCUGAAGAGCAUUGUUGGUCAAUAUUUAAGAAACUUGCAUUCUUUGAAAGAAAUGAGGAUGAGUGCCAAGUACUAGAAGAAGUUGGUCAAAAAAUUGCUAGAAAGGCCAAGGGUUCACCUCUUGUUGCAAAAAUUUUGAGAAGUCUUAUGUGCUCUAAAAAGACCAAAACCCAAUGGGAGGAUGUUCUAAGUAGUGAAUUGUGGCAAUCCAAAGAUUUUAAAAGCAUCUUUACUCCUUUCUUCUUAAGUUAUUAUGACUUGUCUGCAAAAGAAAAACGAUGUUUCUCGUAUUGUUCAUUAUUUCCAAAGGAUUAUGAAUUUUUCAGAGAUCACUUGGUUGAGAUGUGGAUGUCGCAAAGUUUUGUAGGAUGUGGCAAUAACUCAAAAAAAGAAGGUCAUGAUUGUUUUGAAACUUUAGUCAUGAGAUCCUUCUUUCAAGAUUUUAUAAAAGAUGGUCUUGAUGGUGUUAUCACCCGUUGCAAGAUGCAUGACAUAGUGCAUGACUUUGCUCAAUUUUUGACAAGUGAUGAAUGUGUUACUUUGGUAGUUGAUGACAAUAUUGAAGAGAAGUUGAAACUACUUGAUGAAAAGGCUCGUCAUUUAUGCUUGGAAGUCGGAGCUGGCACAAAAGUUCCUGUCAUGAAAUACAAAAGAAUGAAUCAAAAGAAUCUUCGCUCCUUAUUACUUACUUUGCCAUAUAGAGGAACUACUAUUAGUGUUGAUGCAUCAAUGUUCUCAGAUCUUGUAUUCCUUCGAACAUUAACUUUGAGAAGUUGUGGGAUUAAGAAAUUACCAAAGAGUAUUGGCAAUUUGCUACAUUUGAGAUAUCUGAAUUUAUUCAACAAUGAAAAAUUGGAAGAAUUACCAGAUGUUGACUGCAUUUUUGGCCAACGACGUGAGAACGUCAAAAACGAUGAAACCUUCAAGAGAAAUAAAACGACACAGACGGUUUUGAAAAGAAAGCAAAUAACACACACAAUUUUUAUAGUGGUUCAGCCCCAAUAUGUUGGUAAUAGCCUAAUCCACUUAGAGUUGUGAUUAUAGAUCUGUACUCAAUAUCAGAUGAACUGAGCCAACUGAGUUUCUUCAGUACAGAUUACAAGAAUACAAGAAUUCUUUCAGAUACAAGCACUUUCUCUCCCUAGAAAAUUCAGACCCAAAAUUUCCAAAAGUCCAAAAAGUCCCCCCUUUUCUAAUCCCAUAAGCCAUAUAUUUAUAGGCUUAGGAUCGUACAUCUGCUAUCCCCUAGAAUCGGGAUAUUUUAUUAUUCUUAUUAUAUUUAAAUUACAAAAAUAUUCAAAAUGUAACAGAACACCAAAUUUGUGGGAAGAAUGAGAGAUUCCCGCGUAUGCCAAGACCGAUUCUUGUUGAAGCCGUUUCUGGGAAUCUUGACGUAGUCUGUUCUACCUGGUUGAUGAAUAUCACCUUCUGGUCGACCAUACCUCUACUGGACAGUCACGCACUUGGCAUGUAGGACACGCACUCCUCUGGUCUAACAUGGCACACUGGUCUAGCAUGACACAUCUCUGGUCUAACAUGGCACACUGGACUAGCAUGACACAUCUCUGGUCUAACAUGGCACACUGGUCUAGCAUGACACAUCUCUGGUUUAACAUGGCUUACUGAGCUACUCCUAAGCCAAGUCACUUUAUCACAACUCUGAGGAGCCAAUAUAUUUAUCGACUUAUUAAUGUGUCUUUUACGGACCAUGUACUGCCACUUGUCACCUCUAUUGCCACGUCAUCGUUCUCCAAUAUUUGGGGAUAACACCAGAGACUUUAUGUGAUCUAUGUAAUUUGCAAACUCUAGAUUUGUCACGUUUCUAUUCACUUUCAAGACUACCAGAAAUGAUGGAGAAACUACUAAAUUUAAAACAUCUCUAUUUAUGGGGUUGUUUAAAAUUAAAAGGACUCUCAAAAGGUAUUGGUUAUUUGACUUGCCUUCAAACAUUAGAUAUGUUGGCUAUUUGUCACGUUUCUAUUCACUUUCAAGACUACCAGAAAGGAUGGAGAAACUACUAAAUUUAAAACAUCUCUAUUUAUGGGGUUGUUUAAAAUUAAAAGGAGUCUCAAAAGGUAUUGGUUAUUUGACUUGCCUUCAAACAUUAGAUAUGUUGGCUAUUCCUAACGAUGAGAAUAAGAAUAAAGGAGAAUAUUUUGAUAUAGAGGAUUUAGAAAAAAUGAAGAGUCUUCGAUUUGGUAGUGCGUUUCAUAUACAGGAUUGUGGAAAUAUUAAAAAUGUGGAGGAUGCUAAGAAAAUAGAUUUGAAAAAUAAUGACCAAAUUUCUUCUUUGAUUCUUGAUUUUGGAAGGAUUGAAGACCGAAAUAAUGGAUUUGGAGAUGAUAUAAAGAUACUCGAAGCUUUGGAGCCACACCCAAACUUGAAAUGUUUAAAUAUUCAGGAUUUUAUGGGGGCCAGCUUGUCUCCAUGCCCCAAAUGGUUGAUGUCAUUGGUUAAUCUAAAGCUAAUAUGGCUCUACUCUUGUGUGAAUUGUGAGAUCUUACCUUCUUUUGGAAAGCUGCCAAUUCUCGAGAUGCUAUAUGUAAGAAGCAUGAAUAGUGUAAAAAGGUUGGUGUAACGCCCCAACUCCUGGGACCGUUAUGAUGUGCCUUGCAAACAGUGCUAAACUCGCUAAUCGAGUCAUUUGGCCAAAAUCGUGAACUAAGUAUGAUUAGCGGCUUAGGGAUUAAAAACUUUGGUUAGGAUGUAACGUCUCACUAGAACGUUUAAUAUAUAUAUACAUUGGGAUCCUGAAAAUAUAAUUUCAGGGUUUAUUACAGAAAAUAUUUACAACAGGCCGUUCUAAGCGGCAAAACAGGGUUCAACCCUAGUUCCACUUUAAACCUCGGCCGUGGUGGACGAGCAGCUGCAUAUGUACACGUCAUCACCUAAGCUCUCCAACUCAAGGAUGGCCCAGCUUCCUCUUGCCUUUACCUGCACCACAUAGCACCCGUGAGCCGAAGCCCAACAAGAAAACACAAUAUAACAUGAUAUGAUAUCAACUAUAACCAUAGUAACCAUUUGGAACCAACGGUCCAUCCAGAUAGGUGACAAUAGCCAAAAGUCACAAUAAUGAGCAUCGCUCCCUCUAGCCAUGUGACGAUAGGGUCACCAGGGCUCAACUGAUAAGUGAUUCUUUCAUAAGUUUGAUUUGAUUAGGACAGGUGCAAGGUGAUUAGUCACCAACAUAACCUUCCUCACGACUCUAGAGUCGAAACUGUGGACAACGUCCCUUAGCCAUGUGACAACCAGUCACCGGGGUCAUAUACCUUGGCUAUAAUCAUCUGGUCUUAGACCAGGUAAGCGCUUAUAGUUCUCAUUGACCUUCCGGUCGAUCCAGCACUAAUACCCCAUAUGAGUCAUUCAAUGCCGACCUCGAUUAGAUCUAAUCUUUAUUUGGCCCGGCGUUUACAACGCACUGCCACCCCUGACCCUUGGGUCGGUAAAACACGACCAGUGUUCAGCCCGUGGUGAACUUAACUGAUAAGUCACAGCUUCACAGACGGAUCUGACACCAUUGUCAAUUCUGACUAAUAAGUCAGCGCCAUACACAGGUAAGCCAUGCCACCAAACAUAUACCACAUGUCCAAUAUCCAUAAACAAGGUAUACAACAUGCUUACUUAACAGAUAUUAGUACAAUUAGGACAAUGCAUUAACACAGAGGCUCAAACUCUGAACGAUAUCACACCCAGUAUACAAAGCAUGUCCUAAUCACAUGUUUCUCAUGCAUCAUAUGCAAUAUAUCCAACAGUCCAACAUGCACCAGUAACAGCCAUGCAUGUCACAUUUAAUAGUCAACCAACAUGCAUCAAGAAUAACCAUGCAUGUCACACAUAAUAAUCAACCGACAUGCAUCAAUAAUAACCAUGCAUGUCAUACUCAUUAAUCAACCAACAUGCAUCAUAAUAACCACGCAUGUCUCACAUACACAGGGUGCAGUUUCUUACCUCAAAGUCGAGCUAGAACGAUUAAAAGAACGACCCUUGAGAACGAUCAAUUUUUAGUCCUUUAGCGGUCACCUAGUCAUAACCAAAUAUAAGAUAUCAUCAAUAAAAAUGACCAACAUAAGUUCCAAAACCAAUAUCUAACCUCCGGGACCUCAAUCCCCACUUAACCGGCUACUCGGAUCAACCCUGAGGCCUAUGGUUUGAAUCCCUAAGCUAAAAACAUGCUUUUGGUCAAAAUGGCCUAAAGGGCCGCGGCCCUCCCCUGCUGCACCGCGGCACGCCCUCAAACAGAGAGGGCUCCCCUCUGCCAAACGCCAAGGGCCGCGGCGCUCCCCUGCUGCGCCGCGGCGCCCAGCCCAAACCAGCCAAGUCGGCCACACGCACCCGAUUUUCCCCUGUGCUAUUUCCUCUCGAACCAGUCCCUCUAACCAACAUAAAACCUUCUCCAAACAUAUAAUUAAACCCCUAGACAACACCCAUAACCUCCCCUCAUCAAAACCCAAUCCUAUAAUCCAUCAAAACCCCUUUGAAUCCAAGCUUCUAACAAAGAUCAAAAGCUGAAAACCAAAGUUUGAAAACAGAGCACCACCUGAAGUAAGUGACUAGAAAUCACCUUGAAUCCUGUUUUGAGUCCCCUUUGAUGGUUGUUACAGGUUCCCUAGCUGCCACCCUUAAUCCCCUAGCUCAACACCUCCAUUUGAGCUCUCAAAAUCCAAAGAAAGGUGAGGGAGGAAGCUUGUACGGGAUGGAAGGAGAAGGAGGAAGAUAGGCUCUGUUUUAAUAUCAAUCUACAGCCUUUAUAUCAUAUAUAUCCUUAGGGUUAAAAGACCAAAAUACCCCUAGGUCUUCCAAAGCUUCAAAAGCCACUUCAAGGGUAAAAUUGUCCUUUCCGACCUAUACCGUUAACCAUAAUUAACGCUCUCCAAUUCCCGCUAAUCUCAAUAUCCUCAAACACCAAUAAUUCAUACCCCGUUACCCUAAAAUCCCCGGUAACGCUAUAAUUACUAAUAUCACCCCGAGACUCACCUCGAGCCCCGAGCUCAAUCCCGUUAUGACUAGACCGAACACUUGCAUCCCAUGAUCGUCUCAUGUCGAUAAGCUCGAACCAAUCCACCUUAUAAUGUGGCUAUAUUAAAUAAUCACUAUCAUGCACCCAAAAUAUACAAUUACGCCCACAGUGGCCAAAUUACCAAAAUACCUUCACAAUAAUAAAUUCUCCCAUAUGCAUGCACCCACCAUCAUAUAAUAAUAUAAUUCACGUAAACAUGCAUAUAAUCAUUAAAUACUUAAAUAAAUCAAUUAUGGCCCUCCCGGCCUCCUAAUCAAGGUCCUAAACCUUAUUAGGAAAUUUGGGGCAUUACAACUAUCCCCUCCUUACAGAAAUUUCGUCCUCGAAAUUUACUCAACAACUCGGAACCGAAGUUCCACUCACUGGAUAUAAAUUCCCUUAAGUCAUUCCUUGACUUCAGUAUUUCGAUAGCCUUACAUUAACCCAAGGUACAUUAUGCUCAAUGGAACCUCAUUACUUAUGUCACAAUCUGAACUGGCUAUUCCUUACCGGAAUACUUAACCUAACCUUCAGAUCCUUACAACUCAACUCAUAGGUUCCCUCGGUCCAUACCCACCGCAUGGAAACACAUAACUCACUGCAUACUACUGCCAGUGCUAAAAGUAAAACUGAUUCAGAGUCACCCUAUUCAGACCCAAUCAGGAUCCAACUGCCGACGCAUACUAGGGCUUAACUCACCUUAAUUUCUCACCCCUUUUCCCAUGGUGAUACUUUAGAGAAGAUACAUUCUCCUACUUGGAAUUCCACAUUCCCACUAUCCAGUUUAAUAAUAUUUCCCAUUCAUUCCAAGGAGUGAUCAUCCAAGAUUCAAACUUCAGCAAUCUCAUAACUCCCCUGAACCACCUCAGGAUCCAGACACAUACAUAUAUUUCCUCACUCAUCUUAUAAGAUGUUCCUCCAAUCAUAAUUGGAUAACCCUCUCUCUCUGAUUUGCCACCAGUCUGAGAGUAACAAUCUGCACUGAGUUUCCAUUUGCAUACUCAUUGCCUUCCUAACCCUUCCAUAACUUGGAAGUCACAAUAAAGUCUUCAUCUGAUAAGAUAGACCUUGAGUCCACGAAGGCUCUCUAUCCUUCCCACAAGGAAACUUAAAUAUUGACCAGUUGUACUAUUCACCUAUCUUUACUGAUAGAACAAACUCACUUGGACUACCGGUCCACAAUGACUUAAUUCCCAUUUCAUACCGAUCCAUCAACCUGGGAAUCCCACCGCGAAACUCAUCGCGAUGCUCACCUAUUCCCACUAUGAAAUACCCAAAGGCUGUAAUGGCCUUGCUGUUUCCUGAUACUCUGUCUUAAUCUGUUAGCAGGUUAAGAGCUUACACGUGCCUCAAUAUAUGCCUCUUCUGUAAUAUCCAACAUUUUCAUUAUACAUUUUUUUAUUAUAAAUCAGAGUUUUAAUACAUAAAAUGUACAAGUUUACAAAUUUAAGAAAUAGUAAUGGAAAAAUAGUGUUUAAAAUAUGAUUUUAUGUUUUUAAUGAGAUUAAAGAGAGAGAAACUUGAGUAGUCAAGUAUUGGACCCAAAUGUCAUAUAAUUUUAAUUGGGGAUAUUUAUAAAAUUAAGAAAGUUUUGCUAAAGGGCUUAUUUGAAAAGAAUUUUAGUAUUUUGGGUCCAAGUGUAAUUUAAAAAAAAAAAAAAAAAAAAGGCUUCAGCCUUUCUUUUUACCCGAGCCCCUCUCUCUCUCUCCUCGGAAACUCUCUCUCUCUCUCUCUCUCUUUCUCUCUCUCUGCGUGUUACUGUUGCCGACGACGCAGGAGUACUUUCCGGCCACCACUUUUAGCCACGCGCCGGACCGUUGGAUUCAGAGGCCUCCGAACUAUCGACCUACGCGGGAAUCUAGAGCUCACUCGCCGAUUAAACGCCUCAACCACUCGAUUUAAGUUCGGCCACCCCGCGACUUCAAAGUUGCGAUUCGGCCACCUCGGGCAUCCGUUUGCCGAUCCGUCACCACCAUCGUGCUCCUCAUGUUGUGGGCUUCAAAACCCAAUAACUUGUUCCUACAUCUACCAUAGUUGGGUGGUGGGCCCACCACGAGCCACCGCGAUCCACCGUAAACCGACGGUCGAAACUUAGUGUUCGAGGUUCCGAAGUACGUUUUGAGUUUCAGAAAAUCAUCGUUUGACUUGUUGUGGAACCUGAUCAUUUUGGAUUUGUAUGGAUUUGAUUGAUUGACUCUUGCUGAGCAAUUUUAAAAUAAGCUAAGGACCUAAGGUGUGGCUUUAGCUGUUGAGCAACUUGUGGAGCACGGACUCAGUAGCAAUGCAAUAAUGGUUUAGAGUUUUCAUAUGGCUGCCUUAAAUUUAAAGUAUUCAUACGUGUAAUAAUUUCUACUAAUAAGUUUAUAUAAAAGUUAUAAAUUUUUCUGUA